CAACAAGUGAACGUUCAGAUUCAGAUUCAAAUUCAAAAAACUUUAUUAAUCCCAGAGGGAAAUUAUUUUGCACGCUUUGAUCGCUGUCACAGAUGGAGGUACGCACAAGAAGUUAGGGAGAUUAAAAAUAAGAAUGCUAACACAUCUACACACACUCACAUUAAGUCUAAUUACUGUUGUCUAAUUACAUCUAAUUACUAGUUAAAGUUUUAUUAUAUUGAUGACACCGUUAGGAUGGCGUUCUAUGCAGAACCUAAUACUGCUCAGCCUCUGGCUGAAUGUGCUCCUCUGUCCAGCCAGAACACUGUGUAGGGGGUGGAGGUGUUGUGUAGGAUAGAGAGGGGUUGGACCAGCAUCCUCCUCUCAGCUACAGCAUGUAGGGGGUCCAGCUCCACCCCCAGAACAGAACCAGCCCUCCUGAUCAGUGUGUCUAGUCUGUUACUGUCUGCUACAUUCAUGCUGCUGCCCCACAGACCACAGCGUAAAACACUGGACCCACAGACUCAUCCUCAGCAUGGAGCUGCAGACGUUAAAGGACCUGAGCCUCCUCAGGAAUCCCAAAAUGCCUACAUAUCAAUAUUAUGUAUUUCACUAUGCAUUACAUUAGAAAUUAGUUUCAAGUUUAUUUAAUUUUACUUAUUUAUUUUACUUUUUACUUGUUGUAAACACACCUCUUUAUUCAUUGUUUAAUUAAUAAUUUUUCCUUAAUAAUUACAUUUCCUAACAUUUUUUUUACUUAUCCCACCAAAAACAAUUCAUACAGAAGAAAAGAUGCUUGAUUGGGAAUAAAAAAGCUUAAGUAAAUGGUGGAGUAAUACUUGCUCUGGUCAGCUGGUGUCAAAACACAUGGGGCGUCAGUUUGAGGCAGCUCCGUCAGGUUGUUUCAGGUCACACAACAGUUUCUUUCCCCCCUCGCCACUGUUUACACACUAUCUACUGGGUUUCUGUGAAAUGUUGCACAUUUUGGGCUUCACAUAAACAACACUGUGACAUGACAAGUUCUCUCUUCAUAUACAGUAGCUAUGUAUUUUAUUUCCUGGCUUGCAUGUGUAAAGCUCACUUAAUGUUGGACUGCUACUUCAUUUCCUUGCAUGAUGGCAUGUGGACUGUACAUUGUGAGGUAAAUAUCUAGUUAAAAAAAUUGUGCUGUGGUAACUUCCUUUUUUCUCAUUUCACCAUACUGAGCAACAUUAAACACACCCCAAAACCUUUUACAUCAGCCCUAAAAUUAAACACACUGUGACAACAACCAAGCACUAAAGCCUCAUGUGAAGACACAGCGCCAUGAAGCUGCAGGUUCUGAUUGACCUUAGUCUCAUGUUGGUCUUAGCGUCUGGCUCAAAAGAUCAGGAUUGGAAUAUUACAGUUCCUGAAUCCAUUAAUGCCACGUUGGGCUCAGAUGUGACCAUCAAGUGUACGUUUGACUAUCCAAAGAAAUAUUCCAAUGACAGUGUUCAAGUUUACUGGAAAAUGAAAGUGGCCAGCAACAUUACCAUCAAUGACCAGGACAAAAAUGCAUUCAUUUGUCACACAAAUGACUCGUUUGUGCUUACGGAGUACAGAAGAAGGACCCACCUCAUCAGAGAUGAAUCCAAUAAAAGUUGCUCCGUGAAGAUUCUGAAUGUCAGGCAUAACAUAAGUGACAUCUAUGUGAGAAUUGUCCUAACGACUGAAAAGUACAGUUUCAAAAAACACCUUGUUUCCAUUUUUGUGCUAGAUGAAGAUUCUUCGCCAACGUUGUAUGUGGUUGCCGCUGUACCAGCUUCUGCUGUCCUGAUCAUUAUUAUUAUUGUCUCUGGGUGUUUGUGCUACAGAAAACGCAGAAGGUCAAAGUCCAUCACCAGGGAGGAAUCUGGGUAUUAUGCCAAUUUUAGCAGAGCACCAUCAAACCCAGUCCAUAGUGAGGCAACGUGCAAAACACAUGACAACAGGAAACACCCGGAACCGAAGGUCAUAGAUGAAUCUGUGUACGUCAACACUGAGGCCAUUACAGCUCAGAUGGGUCAACGUCUAGAUCACAGAGAAGUUAUAUAUGAAAAUGUAAACUGUUCAAAAUAGCACAACAUUUUGUUUGUCUGAAUCUUAAACCCCACAUCUGUAUUUUUACGAAGUUUUAAUGUUUGUAACUGGAGUGUAUAGAAGGCAGGGUGACGGUUGCAUGUUAUCCUGCAGAGCCCAAUAACUCUUAUCAUAAUAAAGUUCAGUAUCGAUGCAGGAAGUUGUAUGUGUAUCUACGAUACAUUAAGGCUUGAUUUCAUUUGGCUGGAAUGUGACAGGUUCCUUUGUAGCUUAUAAGCAUAACAAUAUUCUAACAAAUGCAUUGUUGUACUCUGGCUUUUACGUUUUACUGUUUGAUUAAUGUUCAUUGUUCAGCAUUGUUGUGUUGUGGUAAUGGGGAAAUAGGCUAAAUAUCAACGCCAUAACCUGAAGAAAGUGACACGAAACGAUUUUAUUGAGAAUUUGGUGCUGCCAUUGACUAUAUUAAUCUAAGGAGGGAGGGAUGAACUGUUGCAGCUUCAUACUUGACAGGUUUUCAUGCUUAGUAAAACAAGAAAGUCUCAUUGUGUUAUUUCCUCAUUUGCCAAACUUCCUGUGUCAUUAGUGCUAAAAUUUCUUAUUUUCACCAUGAUUCACCCUCGUAUAGUUUCUAUUGUCAUAAUUUAGGAACGAUAGCGAUAAAGUGUGAUGGGUAAAGUGUGCUGAAUAUUUUUGUGUUUUAUCUCCUUCUAUAAACUGUAGCAGCCAAAUGUUUGAAAAGAUG